AAUAUUCUCUAGCAAAAUUUCCUCUCGUCAACACGGCGGUUAUGGCAUUGGCCAUGUUGCAUGAUAUCCAGCCGCGCAGUGAACAGCUGUGGUAGCAAGACCAUAGCCGCGCAUUGAACAACAGCCUUGCUGGCAAGACAGGUUAUAAAAGCAAGGUCUCCUCGAUGGAGACUGUGUUCAGUAAGUCUGCUCAGUCAAUCUCUCACUCAGCAUCUUCUUGUACCGUUCUGCCACGAUGAAUAAUCCAUCUAAUAUGGCUCUUCUCUCUCUGGUCCUCUUCUGGAUCUGUUUAACAGACGCACAGGCCCAACAGCCAUUGAGCCCAAAGGGCACCACUAACCCAUCCUCGACAGACAGCAUCAAGUCCAUUUUCAGUUCGUUCAACGACCAAGGCAGCCUGUCAUACACGCUCGCGGCUCCUACAAGAUGCUGCGACGCGUCCUGUGCUCUCGGCUUCUGCAACGGCUUCACAAUUCCGGCACCAAUCGCCGCCGGAUCUCCAUCGCAGCUCACUGCCGCCUCUGCACCAGGAAUCACUGCCUUUCGUGGACAUCAUCCAGCAGGACGCCCAGGCAUUCCCAUCCCAGACGUCUGCUCCGGUAGCAGUGUCAAUCCGUGCGUCUGCGAUCCCAUGUGCAGGAUCAGGACGACAACAUUCAUGUCCGCGUACCCCAAGCACCACGCCACUCCCACCGCUACGACGAUUCCCGACUCCACAUCCUCCAUUGCUGAGCCCAAGCCCUCAGAGUACGACCUCAUCCAAGCCUUCCACGCCAAUGACUUUUCGGGGUCCAACCAGGACACACUUCCCAUUAUCGUGCAAGAUAGUGUACGGAAUCCAGUCUCCCUCAUCGCCGACAUCGACUUGGACGUUCUGGACAAUUAUAUCUCCACAGCACUCAUCGACAAGCUCGGUCUCUUUUCGUCAAUUGUGACACUCCCGACCUCGCAACAGAAGGUCGUAACUCUGGGCGAAGCGAACAACACAGUCACUGUGACUCCCCAUGCGACACUCAUGUUGAAUUUCCUUGCGGGACAGACCGACGCGCUCAAGAAAUUCGCUGAUGUUGAUUUCAAUGUCUUCGACCUGUCAGACUCUAAGGCGACCGCCGGUGGCAGUGCCAACACGUGGAAACCCGAGCUUUUUCUCGGCGUUCGGUUCUUGAGAGCGAUAGGUGCCUUGAGCUUGACGCCGGAAUUUGCUGGUAAUGGUGUGGUUGACGGCGUGCCUGUCCUUGUGAGGGAUAUGUCGUUUGUGGAUGACCAGGGGAGGGAUAUCGAUGUCGAACGGAAUUUGAUUGUCAAGAAGAGGGUGGAAGAUGUCAAGGACGAGUUGUAGCACUACAGUAGGUUAACGAGUGAGAUGGAAGGCAAUGCUCUGCUUACUGAUACUGCUGGGAAGAGUCACGGAUGUUGGCAAGGUGCGAUGGGAUGCGUCGUUUCACCUUGACUCUUACUUCGGCGUCAUCCCCAGCAUGUAGGAAGGUUGACGCCCACUGUCUUGCAAAUAACCACCUCCUCGAGAGCGUUGCAUAGAGGCUGGACAGUGCGCGAGCUAUCACGGAACUUGUGGAGUCUGUCCUUUACGUCGGGUAGGUUUAGGAGAUCGGGUAUAUAGACAAUACCGAUGUUGCUUGGAGAUUCCCAUCUUGCUGUUUUCGAUGUCUUUGAGAGGCUGCAUA